AUGGAUAGACAACUCUUCAAUGAAGUGCAAGCUGUGGAAAAUGCAAAUGAACGAUAUGCUCAAGGACGGGUUGGAGAACUGAUCAGAUUGCAAUUGGAAAUCUAUGAUGAAGAAGGACGAUAUGUUCAAAAUAUGAGAGCCGAAAAAAUUCGAGAAUCGGAGAGAGCUAUAGCUGAAAUUAAAAAUGAUUUGAUGGAGAAAUAUAAGAUCGGAGUAGUUAGCCUAACGAUUCAGAGAGUUGCAGCCGAGGCGAAAAAUCGAAGAGUAGUGAAUGGAAUGAUCACGGAUCUCAAGAACUUGAGUGAGGAAAUGGUACAAGACAGUGUGAAAGCUUUAGAAGUGCUCGAUGCUAAAAAGGAACUCUACGACAAAAUCCAUCAAUCAAGAAAGAACAAAGCUAAGGAGCACCUGACACGAAUCACUGAAGAGUUGAGCUCAAUUAGUUCUAAAUUGAACGAUUUAGAGCAAAUACUGGCUUGUUUCGAACUGAAGGAUGUGCAGAUUGAUGGAAUCUGCAGACAAAUCAAAUCACAGAACUCGUCAUUUCGUGGUGUAAUUUCCAAACUGAAACAGGACAUUUCUGCUGGUGAAAUCGAUUCGAGACACAUGGAAGAUUUCAAGGACUACCGGAUGAGAGUCUAUCAAAUGAUAAACUGCAUGAAUCUGAUUUCUCAAGAUCGGGUUUCAGUCAUUGAAGCUAUCGAGAGCCGACACUUUGCGGGAAUCCUCCAGAUCGAAAACUAA